AUGGUUGAACCACCAAAGUCACCAGCUAAAAAGAAGCCAGCUGCGCCUAAAAAGCCAGCUGAGCACCCACCAUACAUUGAUAUGAUCAAGGCUGCCAUUGUCGCUCUAAAAGAGCGAAAUGGUUCUUCUCGCCAAGCCAUUGAGAAGUACAUCAAAGCCAACUACAAGGUUGGUGAGGUCGGCUCACACUUGAAGAUGGCUCUCAAGAGAGGUGCUGCGAGUGGAAAGUUGAUACACACCAAAGGUGUUGGCGCAUCUGGCUCCUUCAAGGUCGCCAAGGCGGAAAAGAAGGAGAAGAAACCAGCGAAGCCAAAGAAGCCCGCCGCCAAGAAGGUAGCAAAGAAACCGGCGGCUAAAAAACCGACAGCAAAGAAAGCAGCGGCUAAAAAGAAGCCAGCGAAGAAGACACCAAGUAAAAAACCCAAGAAAUCGGCAGCGAAAAAGCCGGCAGCCAAGAAACCAGCGGCCAAGAAACCUGCGAAGAAGACACCCGCAAAGAAACCUGCCGCCAAAAAGUCCGCUAAGAAAUCUGCCGCCAAAAAAUCUCCAGCUAAGAAGAAGUAA